AUGGAGCGCGGCGAGGCGACCCCGGGCUCCCGCGGCAGCGCUUCCCCGUCCACAGCUCUCCUGCCCGAGCGGCGGCGAGCGGGGCCGGGCCGGCAGCGCCAGCUCGGAGCUCUGAUUGGCUCCGUGUCACGGGGAUGGGAGCCCGGCGCCGCCGCCGCCCGCGCUGCGCAGCCCCGCCUCGGCGGGGGGGUGAGCGCCGCGUGCGGACACCGGGCUGGGCGCGUCCCGCGGGGCCACCAACGCCUCCGCAUCGGGGGACACCACGGGCCCGGGAGCCUCGGCCAGAGCCUGACGCGUGCCUUUGAACAACGCAGAAAUGCCCCGCGCCCCGGCAGCGUACCCCGGGCAGAAUCGCUGCCCCGGAGCACCGCAGGCGCGCCCGCCUGCCCGGGUCAGCUGCCCCAGCAGCCUCCGGGAUCCUGCGCCUCGCACCCGCACCGCACCUGCCCGCCGGGCUGCACCAGAGCCAGCAGCUCCCUCUCCGUGGCACUGCCCCUGGGAACAAGAUCCCCGCGUGUCCCCCGAGGACAGCCCCAGACUGUCCCAAUGUCACCAACUGUCAUGCUCCAUGUCAAUGAUGUUUCUCCUCAAAUAAUGAUUCUUGGAUUUCCACCAUAAACUAGUUCUCUUCCAACUGAUUCUAUUUCCUUGUAAACCAAAGCACAGUCAAAAUACAGAGCAAAUUAUUAAUGGGAGAGGAACCAAAAGAGUUCAGAAGAAAAAUGUAACAGAUUCAAAAUAUUUAUUGUGGAGGAGAAAAACCAGAGCAGACACAAGGCCAAACUUUCAGAAAUACAGAACCAAGGUCCCAGAGUACCAGGAAGUCACUGAACAUGGAUUUCACAAACCGAUCUUGUAACAGCAUCUUUUAAAUCACAGAUUAAUACAAGAAAUAGAAACUGAAAUCUUGUUUAAAAAGGAAAUUCCCUUGCAACGGAAAAAUGAACCACACAAAAUUCUAUAUGAGCUUUUUAUUUGUAGGAUACAAAUUGAAGUAGGAUAGGAAAUUGAAGCAGUAUGGAAAACUGCAACAACUAACAACAAGAAAUCAGGUGUGAUGGAAAAGUGACUCACAAGGUCACGGAGAAGUUUGGAAGGAUGCAGAGAAACAUGUUUAUUCUGUGAAAAUGCUGUAACAUUAAACAUAAGCAGCUGUUUGUCCCUGGAGUCGCCCUGGGGAUCCGGGCAGCAGGCUCAGGGUGGCCAGGGACAAGCACUGCUCUGACUCACUGACAGCGACUGCUGGGCUAAGGAAACACAUUGACUUCACCAUCACUUCUGAUUUUCCUAAAUUUUAUUUAUUGACCUCUAUCAGAGAUGCUCUGGAAGACUGUCAUAUAAAUAUUCGCUUUGAGAGGAAAUGUAAAAAAAACAAACAAAACAAUCCUAACAACCUCCCCAGCCCCCACACUUAAGUCUUAUCUUAGUCUUUACUGCCUAAGACGACUCACAUCUUCCUUCAAGCCCCAGCAGGCUGCUCCAUCCAGACAAUAGCAAAUCCAGUUUGUUCACCCACACCGGCUGCAUUUCCUUUGGGAAAUACUUCAUGCAUUGACAAAAUAAACACUCUUGACUCAUCCCAGCAACACGGAGCACACACACAAGCGUCCAGACAUGCCAGGGAUCCUCAGGCUUGCAAAACAUCCCGUAUAGAAUUACAUUUUGGCAACUCCUUUUCAUUAGAAGCUCAGCUUUGGCGACUCCUUUUACUCAACAGUACAUCUGCUAGGGACUCGGUGCAAAACUCCUCCGCAACACACAUGGGAAAAAUUCUCCCUCAUUUUCCAUGUUCCCUUCCCCGAUCUUUGCCAACCUCUGAAAAUACAGAGAAAGCACGGCAACCCUGGCACUCGGCCCAGCUGAAGAGGCUGGACUGCGUGCGGGCACAGCAGGACACCGAGCGGCAGCUGCCCGGGCAGCACGGAGGCACUGCUGAUGCAGGUUAUUCUAUCCCGGCACGACCUGGGCCGCUGGCAGCAGAGGGAUCCCUUGGGGAUCCCGUUCUGUGAGGGGCCGCUGGCAGCAGAGGGAUCCCUUGGGGAUCCCGUUCCCUGGGGCCGCUGGCAGCAGAGGGAUCCCUUGGGGAUCCCGUUCCCUGGGGCCGCU